UAGUAUUAUUAUAGUCUGCCCGCAGUAGUGUACUCGCGACACCUACGCACGGCGGAGCAACCUGCAAAAACGUAAACAAAGCCGCGACGCGCUCUCCGUAAAUAGCUCUCUAGCCUGAUUAUGUCAGCGAGUACGUCGACAACGAGGCCAAGUAAAGUCAACGGCAGUAGCAUCGUCUGCAUCAGCGAGGCGAAAACCGCGGCGACGACGUCGCUCGACCCGCAGAGCCAGCAGAGCCAGCGGAGCCUCGCCUAACCCGCGGCUAGCAGCAGCGGCAGCCCAGCCAAGCAGGAGUCAUCGUCGACGGCCGAGCGAAUGUCAGUGCGACGCAUCGCACUCUCCCGUUCGUACAGUCUGCUGCGCGAAGGAGGAUGUCCAGCUCGAGCUGAUACUCGCGUCGUCCAGCCUAUAGAUAGAUCGCUUGGAUGGACGUGCUGAUCGGGCUGCAGCAGAGCGUCGCCGCCGACGAUAGCGUCAGUCUCGUUUCCAAGAGCGAGCUCGAUUACAUUCACAAAUUGAGUAUGUCAAGAAGAAAAGGUGUGAGGGAAAGACAAUACGACAACGUGGAUUACACACAGCUCACCGAAACCGACAAUGGUUUCGUGGAUUCACAGUUUGUCUCCCCCCCGAUAAAAAUACCAUGGAAGGCUAUAACAUUGGCAACACUACUAUUUGUUGGAGGUACUGUGAUGCUUGUAACAGGUAGCUUAAUAGUGAGUGGCCAUAUUGAUACAAAGUAUUCCGAUCGGAUGUGGCCAAUUAUAAUUUUGGGGGCUCUCAUGUUCAUACCAGGUGCUUAUCAUGUACGGGUAGCUGUACAAGCUUACCGCAAGGUUCCAGGCUACUCUUUUGACGACAUUCCAGAAUUCGAUUAGGCAAAUAUGUCUACUACAAUUCUGUGUACAUAUAUAUUUUUAACGUCACCAAAAUGUGCUAUUUAAUCGCAUUUGAAAAUUUAAGUUUUGAAGCAUUGCAUUCACAAUUACAAAGUUACUGUUUAUUAAUGUUAUUAAUAAAAUUUCUUUGUAAUUUAUAUCCAUUAUCGUGGCCUAUUACAAAAUGAACCAUACUUUAAUCGUAUAACGAUGAAAUAAAACUGAAUGUCUGUUUAUUUACUUCUACUGUGAUACCAAAAUAGCUUCUUUUUUAUUUUUCCAAUGCGAUAAAUAUACCUCUUACAUGUGAUAAUUCUAACAACUAUUAUUAUGUAAUUUAAUAAUAUAAAAUGAUUUGCACCUUCAAGUUUUGAAGUUUAGAAACUGUAUACAUUUGACAAAAUAAAAAUUAUUAAUUGUUAAUUUU